UUGAGACGACAAGAAUUGGUACAGUCACCGUCGCGAGUUUCAUGGAUGGACCAUCUGUUUUGAUAGCACCAGGGAUCACGAAAAAUACAAGUUUUAACCCGUCGGAUCCUCGGUCCGCACCACAUUUGGAAAGUCACCUGCCAAAACAAGCCCUAUCCUCGCCGUUGGCAACCUCCUAACGGUCACUCGUGUUUCGGAUUGGCGUCUUACCAGCAUCCCUUCUUUUCCCUUUUUCCCUCACAUUUUUCCCUACCCGACCGGCAGCCUUUCUUUGGAUUGACUUUUUACGCUCUUUACAAAAGAAAAUAGAGGAGAUUAGAAGAUGGGAGGCUCGCUGCCUUACAGGGUUGGCCAUGCUGGUGGAAAACAUAAAAAAAGGGCCACCGAUACCUGCUCUACCGGCGGUUUCUAUAUUUCCCCGGCCAAGGGCGCCGUUGUAGACUCACUUGAACCGACCACAAUUUCUUGGGAUUCCUCCUGUUUGGAUGCAGACGACGUCGAUAUCCAUCUUUACGCCCCUUCCCUGGCCAGUCCCAAGAUAUACGUCUGGGAAAGCGUCACCAACAGUCUCGGGACCUACAACGCCACCUUGAAGCCGAGGUGGUGGAACGACACGAGUCCCAUCCAACUGCAACUUGCCAUUCUUCCAUCAGGAGAUGCCCCUUUCCUUGCUACUCUCCCUGCCGGCCCCCUCUGGAAUGCAACUUACACUGAGCCUUCGACGGGUGUCCCUGAUUCUGCUGACACAUCGCUAACUGACUCGGGCAGCGAAGUUGUCGGUUCCCUCUCUGGGGGCAACAAGUCUUCGUCCAUGUCGGCUGGGAAAAUCGCGGCAGCAGUUAUCGUUCCCCUUCUUUUCGUUGGCCUUUGUGUUGCCGCGUGGAUCAAAUGGCAACGCAUGAAGGGCCAGGAGAAGAGAAAGAGGUUCAGCGAGGCCGUCGACAAGCGCAUGUCUACCAUCAGCCAGGACUGGAAAAGUUUGUCUGCUGCUGGCGCAUCCGCCGCCAUUCGCAACAGUAUUGCGGUCUCAGGAACGGGCUCCGGUGGUAACAGGGCGAGUUCGUUCAGCUUCGGCGGCAUUCGCCCCAGCUCGACCUACACUACUGAUGGCGGACAAGCUGGCGUCGGCACCAGUUUCUAUAAUCAAGAGAAUACUUCCGUUGGUCCAGAGAUGUCCCAGUUCCGCCGACCUAACUCCUCUUUCACCUCGGCUGAUCGGGUUAGUCGUGUAUCAUUUGCUGAAGGCACCAGGCCAUCGGGUGAAGUAAGGCGCUCAACUGUUGGACAAAGCCGCGCAUUCCACCAUUCCUUCGUUCCCCCCAUACCCACUCAGAAGGAUAGUGACGAAAGAUUGUCGGAUGGCUCAAUGAGCCCGACUCAGACUGCAGGACCCGAGAGUCUGACCAUUGAAGCUAUCAGAGCUCGCGUUGCUAACGGAGAUAUCUCGGUAAGGGCUAGUAUGGAUGAAGAAUUAAGCCCGGCUAUUAGCAUGAUACGAUCUAUUUCGCAGGCCGAUUCCGCUACGUACGUCGCCUCUGAUGCCGAUCCCGGAGAUAUCGGUUCGCAAUUCAUUGUCCCUCCUCCUGCUGCCAAGGUACAUGAUGACCACUAUGGCGAGCUGCACAACGAAACCCUCUUUGAUGCCACUUCUGAUACGCCCAACCCCUUUUCGGCUACGAAUACGAUAUCCUUCCCUUCGUCUCAUACGCCCAGUAAUGGAAUGUUUAGCGGCUUCAGCAGUUCGCCUUCGAACACCAUGAGUCCGGAUGACAUGUUACGUGCUUACGCUGAGAGAAGGAAGACGAAUGGAAGCCCUACCGUUAUGAUUCCCGGUGGCGUCCAAUACCCAAGUGCGGCUGCAGCAAGAACUUUGGUUCCUGCAGGUCCUGGCGCUAUGAGUCCUUCUCGAGGUGCCUAUGGGGCUACGUGGGAAGACGACAACAACAGUGGCAAGACCAUGUGAACAUGAUCUGCACAGCGCACUCUCUUUUUAUCUUAUUCAUUCUUUUUUGGCCUGUAACUAUCGUGACGCGGGUUCUGUUUCGUUCGUUGUCGGAGCCUCAAACGCUAAGCUGCUGGACAAACGACAUUUGAUGGCUCCGGUGAAGAUGCGAGAAUGAGGUUAAGGUGUUGUAUAUACUAUAUACCCAUUUGAUUUGUGUCUAUGAGAUAUAUUUCUUGUCUCAUAGCAUUUUGUUCAAAUCAUUCUUUUG